GUCUCAAGACGCUGCCGCCCGCGCGCUGCUACACACCCAGCGGCACACGGUAGCUGGCCUCUUUACCCUCCUGAAGCUGCAGUGGCGCCAUGCCGCCAGGCCACCAUGCAAUGAGUCUCGCUAGAAGCUGGUGAGAGCUUCGGGCAGUAUGUGGCGGCUCUGCACCGCUCACCCGCUCUGCACGUGGGCGUGGCUGUGGACGCUGCUGGUCGGAUGUCUUCUGGAAACGCACGCCGCGCGCAGACCAGUUUAUAGUAUUCGCAUCGCUGGCGUGUUCGACGAGUCGGGGCCGCCGGCGCUGGUGCAGGCGUUCCGGUCUGCGGUGGCGGCCAUCAACAUGCAGACGCGGGCAGACGCCAUCCUGGGCCGCCUCGACCGCCGGCCCCUACUCGACGCCCAGGAGGUCACCGUCAGCGCGCUCGACAGCUUCGGCACCGGCAGGAAGAUGUGCAACCUGACGCUGGAAGGCGUGGCCGGCGUGGUGGGACCUCGGCAGAGCGCCUCCACGGACAUCGUGCGCUCGGUCUGCGACCGCCUGGAGAUCCCGCAGAUCGUCGUCAACUGGGAUCCCAAGCCGCCGCCUUCGCGCCGCUACCAGUUCAACCUGCACCCAGACGCCGAAUUCCUUGCACAGGCGCUGGUGGACGUGCUGCACGAGUUGCAGUGGCGCUCCUACACGGUGCUGUACCAGGGCGACGAGUCGCUGGUGCGCCUGCGCAGCGUACUGCAGGAGCGAGACCGCAGGGACCCGCCCGUCGCGGUCCGGCAGCUCGACGAAAGCGGCGACUACAGACCAAUGCUGAAGGCCAUCAAGCAGUCGUCAGAGUCGCGGUUGGUGCUGGACUGUGACACAGACAUGAUCCUGCCAGUGCUGCGACAGGCUGCCGAGGUGAAGCUGACGGAGGUCUACCAGUCAUACUUACUCACCUCCCUGGAUGCGCACACUUUGGAUUUGACUCAGUUUCGUCUCAGUGGUACCAACAUCACAACACUGCGACUCAUCCAGCCUGACAGCGAAGCCGUUCUGAAGACGAUGCAAGACUUCGAAUACCGUUGGAAUAAAACUCCUGUCACAAUCACUCCGCAUACGAUGCGGGUGGAGUCAGCGCUGACGUACGACGCCGUCCGCGUGCUGGCCGCGGCGCUGUUCCAGACCAGCACCAUCGGUCGCCUGCGAACCUGGCCGCUCAGCUGCCUGGACGAGGAGGCCGUCUGGGACCACGGCAUCAGCGUGAGGGACUUCAUCCGCGACAUGCGGCACGAAGGCCUGUCUGGCAACAUCAUGUUCGACGCGGAAGGACGUCGCGUGGGAUUCUCACUGGAAGUGCUGGAACUGUCUGCGGCGGGCUUCAGACCCGUAGCCAAAUGGACACCGGAGGAAGGCUUCGUCAGCAGCAAGACUGAGACCGAGACGCUGGAGGAGAAGCAGAGCAUUCUCCAAGGUCGCCACCUCAUCGUUUCGUCCAGAAUAGGAGCCCCGUACUUGAUGGAGAAGGAGCAUACGACGCCGCCACGUGUCGGCAACGACAGAUACGAGGGCUACUCGAUGGACCUGAUCACACAGAUCGCAGAGAUUCUCAACUUCACGUUCGAGUUCAAGCUGGCGCCCGAUGGGCAAUACGGCAAUAGAAACGAGAAGACAGGCACCUGGAACGGGCUUGUUGGCGAGCUGAUCGCAGGGAGGGCAGACCUGGCCAUCUGUGACCUGACCAUUACGGAGGAGCGGCAAUCGGCCGUUGAUUUCACCAUGCCCUUCAUGAACCUCGGUAUUAGCAUCUUGUACAGUAAGUCCGAGAAAGCGGAUCCGAACCUUUUUUCUUUCCUGGAUCCAUUCACCGUUGACGUUUGGAUUUACAUGGCUACGGCAUAUCUUGGAGUAUCUUUAACUUUCUUCGCACUGGCAAGGAUGGCCCCUGGCGAGUGGGACAAGGGCCACCCCUGCGACCCGGAACCAACGGAGCUGGAAAACACGUUCAACAUGAUCAACAUCUUCUGGUUCUCCAUGGGCUCCCUCAUGGGACAAGGCUGCGACCUGUUACCCAAGGCCGUCUCGACGCGGCUGAUAGCUGGCAUGUGGUGGUUCUUCACGCUCAUAAUGAUCGCCUCCUACACGGCCAAUCUGGCGGCGUUCCUCACCAACAGCAGAAUGGAGUCUCCCAUCAAUGGCGUAGAAGACCUGGCGAAGCAAACCAAGAUCAAAUACGGCACUUACGAAAGCGGUUCCACAGCGGCCUUCUUCAGAAACUCGAAUGAUUCGCUGUUCUCUCGGAUGUACACGGUGAUGAGGCAGGCGAGACCCGACGUCUUUACAGACGGCAAUGCAGAGGGCGUGGAGCGCGUCAAGAAGGAGAAGGGCAACUACGCCUUCUUCAUGGAAUCCACCAGCAUCGAGUACAUGACGGCGCUCAACUGCGACCUGCGAAAAGUCGGCGGGCAACUCGACUCCAAAGGCUACGGCAUAGCACUGCAGCUAGACUCGCCGUUCCGGACGGCGGUGAGCAGCGCCGUGCUGACGCUGCAGGAGCGCGGCAACCUGAGCGCGCUCAAGACGCGCUGGUGGAAGGCGCCCGAGGGCAAGGAGUGCCCCUCCGACGUGGACACGGUCGACAGCGCGGAGCUGGGCAUCCUCAACGUGGGCGGCGUCUUCCUCGUGCUCUUCUUCGGCACCCUGGCCGCCUUCUUCGUCGCAGUUCUCGAGCUGCUGUGGAACUGCCGCACCAUCGCCGUCGAAGAGAAGAUAACGCAGUGGGAGGCGCUGACGUCGGAGCUGAAAUUCGCGAUGAACUGCAGCAACGACGAGAAGCCUGUGCGCAAGACGCACGACGCAGACGCUGGUGGCGGCGGCGACAACGACGCGGACGUUGACGGCGAGGACGUGGAAGGGCUACGUUACGGCAGCCGCUAGACGCCUCCCAGCGCAAAGGCGGCAGUUCGGUGGCGCUACCACUUUUAUAAUUUACUGCUGCUUGGGCUAUGUGGUUUCGUGGGAUUUUCCACUAAAUGGAUGAACUCUGUCUCCUGUGAAGCCCUGCCCGAGCAUACCACUCAGAAUUUUUGUUCAUCGCGGUUAAAUCACCAGCAUGUAUCGUAAGAUUCAAGAACGUACAUUAGUGUUGGGUUACUAUCGUGGCACGUGAAACAUUACACUGAAACAGAAACAUGUUUGAAUUUCAGGUUCUGUGUUAUCCAUCUAAUUACAAUAUACUGUGAGUCUUAGCCGGAAGACACAAAUACGAACCUAAAAAAAAUGUUUUUGAGGCACUCUGGACGUUUCGAGAGCAACUUUUUAUGUGCUUGCAACAUUCCUUCACCUUCGGUCAUAAGCUUUUAUGGGUGUAGUCAGUUACAAUAAAAUUCUUCUGGUUAUGAAAGUGCGCCGUGAGGUUCUUUCUUGAAGUAUUGUUUUUAAUAUUUUUCAUUGCGUAGGUAGAGCUAACUGUUCGGGUUGUGUUCCGUCAGCGACUUUUCAGCCAAAUAAUUCGCUCGACAUGUACUACGUACCGAGUUCCAAUUGUGUUUGGCCAGCCCACCUGACUUCUUCGGCCAUCUGGACUAGACCGAGAGAGAUGCUGUUGAAGACGACUUCGCGCGCGGCAUUUCACUUUAUCAGUGGACUGUACCACUCUGUUUUGGCUCAUGUAGGGCGUGCUGCGAUGUUGUUGUUGUUGUUGUGGUCUUCAGUCCUGAAACUGGUUUGAUGCAGCUAUCCAUGCUACUCUAUCCUGUGCAAGCUUCUUCAUCUCCCAGUACCUACUGCAACCUACAUCCUUUUGAAUCUGCUUAGUGUAUUCAUCUCUUGUUCUCCCUCUACGAUUUUUACCCUCCACGCUGCCCUCCAAUACUAAAUUGGUGAUCCCUUGAUGCCUCAGAACAUGUCCUACCAAUCGAUCCCUUCUUAUAGUCAAGUUGUGCCACAAACUUCUCUUCUCCCCGAUCCUAUUCAAUACCUCCUCAUUAGUUACGUGAUCUACCCAUCUAAUCUUCAGCAUUCUUCUGUAGCACCACAUUUCGAAAGCUUCUAUUCUCUUUCGUCCAUGUUUCACUUCCAUACAUGGCUACACUCCAUACAAAUACUUUCAGAAGUGACUUCCUGACACUUAAAUCUAUACUCGAUGUUAACAAAUAUCUCUUAUCAAAAACGCUUUCCUUGACAUUGCCAGUCUACAUUUUAUGUCUUCUCUAAUUCGACCAUCGUCAGUUAUUUUGCUCCCCAAAUAGCAAAACUCCUUUACUACUUUAAGUGUCUCAUUUCCUAAUCUAAUUCCCUCAGCAUCACCCGACUUAAUUCGACUACAUUCUAUUAUCAUCGGUUUGCUUUUGUUGAUGUUCAUCUUAUAUCCUCCUUUCAAGACACUGUCCAUUCCGUUCAACUGCUCUUCCAAGUCCUUUGCUGUCUCUGACAGAAUUACAAUGUCAUAGAGAAACCUCGAAGUUUUUAUUUCUUCUCCAUGGCUUUUAAUUCCUAUUCCGAAUUUUUCUUUUGAUUCCUUCACUGCUUGCUCAAUAUACAGAUUGAAUAGCAUCGGGGAGAGGCUACAAUCCUGUCUCACUCCCUUCCCAACCACUGCUACGAUACUAUGGCUCAAACAAAGAAUUAAUUAUGUAACUUUUUUUCAAGGUUAUAAUUGAAACUUGAUGCUACCCCUCGCACGCACUGGACGCUUUAUAAAAAGUUGGAGCAAGGCAAGGACAGGUCACAUGCGCCUAGAUUGCAACACUGUGGUAUUUUUACAUAUUCACUGAUGGAGUUUAGCACCGAGUUUGAAAGUACUACGAGUGUAUGAUAGGGUUUGGACGGCAUAACGAUUCGAGUGUGACAGAACAUAAAAAAUAGUUCUUGUAGACUUAUAUUCUUGCUAAGGAGCCACUCGUUGUUAAGGGAAAGAUAAGAGACACGGUUGAAAUAAUUAAAGAUCCUAUUAAUACACACCUCCUCAACAAUCUUUCACCAUCUUCUCUGCCGACAAUAGCCUAUCGGUUGACUGCAACCGCGUACCUACUAGUUGUAACUGCCGACGGCAGCGCGGAUCACUGGGCGAUGUCCAGGAAGAGAGUCGAUCAGGUUCUAGAGGGCAUCGACUGGGAAGUCAUGCCGUCUCCAGUGCCGUGUCCAGCAGCGCUAGAUAUCUCGGUUGAGGCGCAAAGAGAUCGAUCGAGGUGGUCACACAGAUUCUCAAUUGGGUUUAAAUCCGGGGGUUUGGUGGCCAUGUAAGUAUGGUAAACUCACCCUGGUGCUCUUCGAACCACGCACGUACUGUGUAACGCAUUGCUUCGUCCUGCUGGUAGAUGUCAUCAUUCCGAGAAAAAAUGUAGGGUGGACAUGGUCCCCAAGGAUAGAUGCGUACGUGGUUGAUAAACUGUACCUUCCAGUAUUACGAAAUCACCCAGGGGAUCCCACGAAAAUAUACCAUAGACAAUAACACUCUCUCCUCCGUCCUGGACUUCCGACAAUUGUUGCAGGGUGUUUUCUGUCAGAAGUUUCGUGCCCGAUGUAGCAUAAAACGAGGUUCUUCUGGAAAGGCCACCUGUCGCGACUCGGUGGACGUCCAGCUGCGGUAUUGGAUUUCAGCAUUCAUCACUGAUGAACAGCAGUCAGCAUGGUGCGUGAACCGGCGCCUGCUGCAGAGACCCAUAUGCAGCAACUUCGCUGAACGGUCUUUGAGGAGACACUGUUGGUACGCCUUUUUUCAACUGGGUGGACAGUUGCUCAAGAGUUGCAUGCCUACUCGCCCGUACACAUAUCCGCAGCCAUCGACCAUACCUGUCAUCUAUGGUGUAUGGUUCCCCAAAUUAGCCUAGGCGCCGGUUUUGGAUAGCGGUAUUUUGCCAUGCAAAAUACUUUAACCACAGCGGUACGAGAACAGUUUACAAACUCUGCCAUUUCGAAAAUGUUUCUACCCUUGGCCCGAAAGCCAAUAAUUAUGCACCUUUGGACGUCAGAUAAAUCUCACCGUUUCCGCAUUAUGACAACGACUGUACUGUUACCGCGUCCCGUUACACGUUUUAUAGACGCUCCGCUGGCAGUGCUGUCACUUGCCCUCUGUGAGAGGUUAUUGCAGGUUCUACAUCUACAUCUACAUCUACAUCCAUACUCCGCAAGCCACCUCACGGUGUGUGGUGAAGGGUACUUUGAGUUCUCCCUUCUAUUCCAGUCUCGUAUUGUUCGUGGAAAGAAAGAUUGUCGGUAUGCCUCUGUGUGGGCUUCUCUCUGAUUUUAUCCUCAUGGUCUCUUCGCGAGAUAUACGUACGAGGGAGCAAUAUACUGCUUGACUUCUCGGUGAAGGUAUGUUACCGAAACUUCAACAAAAGCCCGUACCGAGCUACUGAGCGUCUCUCCUGCAGAGUCGUCCACUGGAGUUUAUCUAUCAUCUCUGUAACGCUUUCGCCAUUACUAAAUGAUCCUAAAACGAUGCGCGCUGCUCUCCGUUGGAUUUUCUCUAUUUCCUCUAUCAACCCUACCUGGUACGGAUCCCACGCUGGUAAGCAAUAUUCAAGCAGUGGGCGAACAAGUGUACUGUAACCUACUUCCUUAGUUUUCGGAUUGCAUUUCCUCAGGAUUCUUCCAAUGAAUCUCAGUCUGGCAUCUGCUUUACCGUCGAUCAACUUUAUAUGAUCAUUCCAUUUUAAAUCACUCCUAAUGCCUACUCCCAGAUAAUUUAUGGAAUUAACUGCUUCCAGUUGCUGACCUGCUAUAUUGUAGCUAAAUAAUAAAGCAUCUUUCUUUCUAUGUAUUCGCAGCACAUUACACUUGUCUACAUUGAGAUCCAAUUGCCAUUCCCUGCACCAUGCGUCAAUUCGUUGCAGAUCCUGCUGCAUUUCAGUACAAUUUUCCAUUGUUACAACCUCUCGAUAUACUACAGCAUCAUCUGCAAAAAGCCUCAGUGAACUUCCGAUGUUAUCCACAAGGUCAUUUAUGUAUAUUUAGCAACAGUCCUACGACACUCCCCUGCGGCACACCUGAUAUCAGUCUUGACUUCGAACAUAGGCAGUGGUCACUUAACGAAAUUGGUCCGUGUAAAAACUACGAGUUUUAUUUUUCAUUUUUUAUAUCGGGAUGAGUGGCGCAGCAUCGCGGCAGAUAUUUUUUUUUUUUUUUUACCUUGUGACAACAAUCAUGAAAAUUAUUUCGAAUUAAGCAGUCUCCUUCUCCCGUGUUUGCAUCAUACAGCCACAAUACGAGUUCUUUGACACCAUUGUCAUCAAGAAGCAAUGCGACGCAGCAGGAUAAAGAUAGCUAUAGUGCCAUAAAAUUACCAAUACGUUGAUAAUCCUGACGAAGACCACUCAGUAGCCCCAACAGCGGAGAAUUUUAUCCCAUGACUCCAUAGCUCGCAUAUUUUGUGAAUCCUGAAACGAGCAUUUCUAAUUUCGACUAAAGAAAAGAUUUCACGUGCUAUUUCAAAUACUUUACAUCAAUCUCUUGAUCUUCAGAGACAUUUUCGAGAGUCUUCAACUCUGUAAACAAGUGAAGGUCACUUAGAGUAGGACUAGCAUGAAUCGCGCAAAAUCCGUUUCGAUUCUCCUUCUUUUCCCUUCUCUUAUCCCGAGUCUUCACGGGGUCGGCGUGUUAAUCUGUAUUUGGCUAUGUUAGUGGUAAAGGGUGACCGGGUGCCGUUCUUGUUGUCACCCUAUCCUCCCGAGACGGAUUUUGUGUACUGCAUCAGUCUGCGUUUUUGAAAUGCUUGCAAAUCUUGUAAUUGAGACGGGACCGGGUACCAGCCCGAUAUUCACCUAGCCGUAUGUGGGAAACCGUCCACAAACUACAUCCAGGCUGGCCAGUACACCAGCCCUCGUCGUUAAUCCGCCGGGUGGAGGAAAAUUUGUUUAGAUUGCCGUGUUCAUCAGCAUUUUGGAACUCAGAGAAGGGACAGCUUUCACUUCCCCACCAUCCUCUAAUUGUUAACAUGUUUUGAAUUGAACACAACCAUUUUCAUCAAACUUUUGAUCUCAGUAGCGGAGCAAUUGAGAUCUGGUGCACGGUGGAUCACGCAAAGGCAAUAGAAAAACGUUUGUCGAGGAGGCGUUGUAACAACUGUCACAUUUUUAUUAGAGUUGCGUCUUUAUUUGCCUUGUACCUCGUGUUACUGUGCAUCUUUACCUCUUCGCGCCUAGUGGGCAGAGGAGAAAAAACGCUCUGCGAAAAUCAUGUUUGAUAGAAUAUAUACGCUAAUGGAAAUAAAAAGCAAAAUGCAUUUCACUUUUCACCUCUUGCUCUGAAAUGAAGUAUUUCUAUGUUAUUUUCCGUUUAUUGACCCGACGGCAAGAAGUGUUACAAAAUAACGUUUUUCAACAAGGGCUAUAAAAAAGUUGUUGGGGAGAAUAACUAUCGUCUUUGUAUAAUUAUUCUAAGCGUAAUAUUCUACUGCUGGAAGAAACGCUGUUCUGUAGACCAUACCUGAAUUUUCCACUUACAGCAUCAGUUAUUACCCGUCAACAUAGCGUUGGAGGUUAUUCGUCCUCUGCCUCAGUAGUACUCGCCUCAAACAUACCACACAGACUGCAUUAAGCAACUGAAACAAUACGUGCAUUUACCGUAAAAAGACUGUUAACACUGCAUAAUAACUUUUUUUGAAGAACUUCUUCUUCAUAAGCAAGACACAAAUUGACGGACUACGAACAUUAUUUGCAUUUCCUGACUUACUUAGAUUCAUCACUGCCUCUGAAUAUUUUUAAGUACGCAAUUAUCAAGAAGUAACAUAUAAUUUCUAGUUAAGGAUAACAAAAUUUUUUAUACCAUAUUAUUAAUUUCGGUCCGUAAUAACCAUCUUCAGACUUACAAAACAAAGAGGAUCUUGUACAAAUUAAAAUAAAUUUACAAAGCGAGGCAUCAGAAACCAAGUUAAGCAUAAAAGACACUGUCACAUAUCUGAAUACACACAAUAUUGUAAUCACACCGAGUCAGCAUGUGUAAAAAUGGUACAAAGUCAUAAACCAAACAAAUUUCGUCGUAUUUGUAUAAAAUACAAUACCACAUCCACAACUGUAACACACAUGUUGACUCUAAUCUUAUUAGACUCCGUGAGGUAGCUUAUAGAUCCAGAACUUGGUAGAAUCAUGUCUAUAGUUACAGAAAAAUGGCAAAUAAUAUUUUAUAAUUUAGUGAUUUAAGAAUUAUUGUUCUAUAUUACUUCUUAAAAAAUUAUAUUUAAUGUAAAAAAUGAAAAAUUUUGUAUAUACAUUAUUUUAAGUCUGAAAAAAU